CUCCACUAUCCACUUGACUUCUGCAGAUUCCUUCUUCUUGAGCAGUUGGAUUAUCCUGUAUUGCAACAAAGAUGUCUCUUCACCAAGACCAGCAGCAAUGCAAGCAAGGCAUCACUCUGCCGCCGGCACUCUGUAAGGAAAAAUGCCCAGAAAUGGUGCCGUGUCCAGAGCCGGUGAAAUGCCCUGAGCCAAUACCAUGUUGUCCAGUGAAGCCACCAUGCAAGGAACCACCAGUCCCAAUUCCUACUCCAUGCCCUGAGCCAAUACCCUGUUGUCCAGUGAAGCCACCAUGCAAGGAACCACCAGUCCCAAUUCCUACUCCAUGCCCUGAGCCAAUACCCUGUUGUCCAGUGAAGCCACCAUGCAAGGAACCACCAGUCCCAAUUCCUACUCCAUGCCCUGAGCCAAUACCAUGUCCUCAACAGAAGCAACAGUGCAAGUUGCCACCAGUCCCAGUUCCUCUUCCACACCCUGAGCCAAUACCUCAUUGUCCAGAGAAGCCGCCAUGCAAGGAACCAAAAGUCCCAGUUCCUCUUCCACACCCUGGGCCAAUACCUUAUUGUCCAGACAAGUCACCAUGCAAGCAACCACCAGCCCCCAUUACUCCUCCAUGUCCUAAGCCAAUACCAUGUUCUCCAGAGAAGCCACCAUGCAAGGAACCCCCAUUCCCACAUCCUCUUCCACACCCUGAGCCAAUACCAUGUCCUCAACAGAAGCAACAGUGCAAGUUGCCACCAGUCCCAGUUCCUCUUCCACACCCUGAGCCAAUACCUCAUUGUCCAGAGAAGCCGCCAUGCAAGGAACCAAAAGUCCCAGUUCCUCUUCCACACCCUGAGCCAAUACCUUAUUGUCCAGACAAGUCGCCAUGCAAGCAACCACCAGCCCCCGUUACUCCUCCAUGCCCUAAGCCAAUACCAUGUUCUCCAGAGAAGCCACCAUGCAAGGAAUCACCAUUCCCAGUUUCUAUUCCACACCCUGAGCCAAUACCAUGUCCUCAACAGAAGCAACAGUGCAAGUUGCCACCAGUCCCAGUUCCUACUCCAUGCCCUGAGCCAAUACCUUGUUCUCCAGAGAACCCACCAUGCAAGGAGCCACCGGUCCCAGUUACUCCUCCAUGCCCUGAGCCAGUGAAAUGCCCACCUUGUGUGAAGACGUGCCCACCCAUUGAACAGCAACAAUGCAAGCAGCAAUGCCAGUUGCCACCCAAUUGGAAGUAACCUGCAAAAAACAAUGAACGUCAUGGAACGAAAAGCAGAGUGAAAACUCAUGGCACCGAUUCCUGUGGCUUCUCGUUGGUCAUUUUGCCUCAUCCCCUCAUUUCUUUAAGGGUAUUCUGUUCAGAUGCACAGCUUCCCACCCAUGUGUUAAUUCUAUGGCUUGAUACGAUAGUUCUGCUAAUAAGUGACAUGGUGUUUCUGAUUUUUUUUGUAUGCACUGCUAGAAAAAGAUACUUGAGAUAGAACUUGUAUAAAACAUGCUUUGAAGAUCUAAUAGCAUUCUUCUCUCCUAAUUCUAUUGAUAAUCUCAGAGCUAAAGUAGGUGAUGCUGAGGGAGGUUGGAACCAGGACUGCCUCCGCUGAGGUUCAAAAUUAACUUGACAACAGUUAGGCGGCAGGGGAGCUCGGACCACUGUCCAUCAUGAUGACUGGUACUGUCUCAUUGUUUUCGUCUGCUCCCCCAUCAGUCUGUCUGUAUCCAUGUGCUGUCCUUUGUCAUAUACUUAGACUGUAAGCUCCUUGGGGCAGAGACAGGCUUUUAGUUCUGUGUUUGUACAGUGCCUAGCGCCGGGGAGUCCUGAUCCAUGGCUGAGGCUCCCAGGCAUUACCACAAUAGAAAUAAUAAAUAAUAAUAAUAAUGCCGUGGAUUAGAACAGAGGAUUUUCCAAUCAUUACAAAGUCACGGUCCUAAAUUUCUCAUCUAUUGGAAAUGACACCAGAAUAAAGAUUCCUUUAAUGAUCUCUAGUCCCAUUUGAUAGCUACUUUACUGAAUUGCGAGUCCUCUCCAUUCAAACGAUGCCCCACAACUUUAGUGAGCCAUUUGUCCACCAAUAGGUUAUAUCAGCUGUUCCAAGACACCAGAACAACAACUCCACCUGGAAGCAGUUAGGGGAAAGACCUUGAUUACUGUGUCUAACCCAUGCUCAUUCCAGAAAAACGCAACCUCUGUGCAUGGCUUCCAUUGAUUAAUUGUGCAGAAUGAUGCAUGACAUGUCUACACUCUACUGUAGGAGUUAAAACCUUGGCGGUAUGUGACCAGACACUGUAACAAUGAUACUGUUGAUGUACUCUGUACUUAUCUGUAAUCAUCCGGUGUAUGUUGCUGGUGUUGUAGCCUUAAUUGCUUUCACUGUGAAUUUCAAUAAUAAAACAAAAACAAAAAACCAUAA